AUGGGCGACAAACCUGAAGAGUUGGGUAAAAAGUUGAAAGAUCUCAUGGAGGCGAAAGCGCCAAGGGUCCUAGGAUCGACGCCGAAGCUCGCAGACAACACUGUUUAUGUGUCUGGCUCAGUGGCAGAGUGUGGUCGCAAGUUCCAUGACUUGGCCAGCUCCUUCAAUGACUUGGCCAGCUCGUCAUUCGCUGGAGCUACAGAAGUCAGGGUGAUGAUUCGUUUCCAUAAGCCAGAUGUAAAAGACUGGAUAGACCGGCAGUAUCAACGACGUGCCAAUGACGCCAAAUUCAAGACCGCGGAUGCCCGUUCGAGGGCUCGAAUGCUGGCCACCAACAACAGCAGCCACUUUGCUCCUCCUCCGGCCAGCGAAUGCGAUCCGUCCAUUUCUGGAUUCUCGGCUCCACGUGAGCGCUACCCCGAACGUCACUCCCGCGAAAGAAGCCCUCCGCAAUACCAGCAGAGAGAGGUGCAGCAGUAUCGCCUGCGCGACGAUCACAGUCGCGGGGGAUCACGCCAUCGGGACACAAGUCCAUUCUACCAAAGUGAGACUCAACGGUCUACUCAUGAAGCCGGGUCCUCUCGGGACGCUCAGAGGCUUUCGGCUGCUAAGGAAUGGGCCCAGCGGCAGAGCCUCUUGGUCAACAAGCCCGUGAAGGAUAAGUGGACCUGGCAAUCCAGGACUUAUCCCCCUUACCGCAAGAAGGUCCACUUGACCAGGCAAAGACAGGCCGAGUUCGAGACUCGUGGCUUAGAGUGUCUUGAUUCCAGCAAGAGAUUCAAGAUCGCUGCCGUCUGCGGCUCAUGUGGGCACAAGCACCACUAUCUCUGCGACUGUCCGAUCCCGGAUGAGUCUGGAUUCGUUUCGGGCUGUCCAUUAUGCAACACGACUGCUCAUAACUGGGAUGACUGCCAGCGCUCUGGAGAGCUCAGUUGGGUGCAGCAGUACGAGAUCAUGUUCUACCGCCGCAUCAACAUGCCCCCCAUCCGCUCCCGGAAGCCUUGGAUCCUGUGGGAGAAGGAAAGAAUCGAUCAGGGAUUUACGUCUUGGGACCUUCGAGGAGUGUACCCUUGGACCUUGGCUUUUGUCGCGAGAUUGAAGCAGGUGGAGUGUCCCUGGGUCCGCUUUGAAUUCAAGCGUUGGAGAGAGCAGAGGGCAAACUUGCCCAAGGAUCCGGAAACGCACCGCUACAGUGCUGAGCAGCUCAUCGGCCACCGCCCCCUGUUCGAGGAGAGGGAUGCUUCUAGUGAGGAUAAUGUCCGCGACAGCGGAAACUCGUUGCAGAGCGGUUUCAAUGCCGCGGUCGAAUGGAGCUCCUUCCGGGGAGACAUGAAUUAG